AUGAGAGAGGAAUACAUUGGGGAUCCACGAGUGUGGGGGCUUUUUGCAAGUCGAACUGAACCGAGAUAUGAACCCAUUAACCGAGCAGUGUACCGAGUUACAAAGGAUGAGUUCAAGAUAUUCCAAAGGGCUUUAAAGGAAAAUACGAAGAAGGAAUUCAGCAUAGUGACUGGUCACACCGUUACUAACAAAUUAUUCUUGGAGAUUGCGAAGAAACAAGAAUGGGUCGGCACUGAGCACAUGGAGGUUAUAAUGACAAUGUUGUGGCGUCGCCGAGGAGAGGUAUUGGUGAAAGACCGAGCAGUAUUCGUAGAGAGUGCCUUCACUUCACUUGUGGCUUCAAUGUACCCGGUAUUUAAGACAUGCGAUGACAAAAGUGCGUUCGACUGGGGAAACAACGUUCGGAGCUUUGUUUCGGGUAAAAGUCGGAGGAAAAAAACUGAAGUCCGAAUUUGUGACGAACGUGGACAUGUUGUACGUCCCGAUGAACUGGGAAGCUGUGGUCGAAGCGUACAUGGAACCGGUCGUUCAGUCAAUGCCUUGGAUACUGAAGCGUUACAUGGCACCCAAUGUGCUAAGAACAUUUCCACCACUGCAUACGGGUGGGCGAGGACCGGUGGUCUGUAUCAAAACACUAGGGCUGGUGAUUGCGGACCUUGCGCGGCGAAGUUCCUAGAGAUGCACGCACAUGGACUUCACGAAGAAAUGUCUACGGUGACUGAUCAGGAUGUGGAUAGGUUUCGUGAGAAAUACGCUAUGGACUGCUACGAGGAGUUCGUGGGGAAAGCAAACGUAGCAAACAAAUGA